AUGAAGUUUUCAUCUUACCUUUUUCUCGCCACAGCUUUAUCCCUUAUUUGUGGCUCAAAUGGUCAGGGACCCAAUGGUGAACUUCAACUAACUCCAUGUCAGGAGAGCAAAGGCAAAAUUAUGGUCAACAGACUUACAUUCGAUCCUAACCCUCCUACGAUUGGUAAGCCGGUCUUGCUCAAUUUCAAUGGCACUUUUGCAGAAGACUUUCCACUCGGCAUGAAGGUCAAUCUUGAGUUUAGCAAGGAUGGUCAAGUAUUGUUUCGACAAGAAAAAGACUUUUGCCAGAUGGUCGAAUCGCUUUCUCUCUUAAAAUCCAGUAUCCUAUGUCCCCUUGUAACCGGAACACACAACAUAUUGGCCAAGAUGAAUGUACCUGGCUUUAUCCCUUCGAGCCUGUAUGGAGUAAAUGUCAAGAUCACCAAGCCAGACAAUGACGAGGUUAUAUGUCUUGAAGGAACAACCCAUUUACAGCAGCCAUUAAAAGCAUAA